GCCGAAUGAGGGGGGAAGGGACAUGCCGACCAAUUGCGCCGCGGCGGGCUGUGCCACUACCUACAACAAGCACAUUAACAUCAGCUUCCACAGGUUUCCUUUGGAUCCUAAAAGAAGAAAAGAAUGGGUUCGCCUGGUUAGGCGCAAAAAUUUUGUGCCAGGAAAACACACUUUUCUUUGUUCAAAGCACUUUGAAGCCUCCUGUUUUGACCUAACAGGACAAACUCGACGACUUAAAAUGGAUGCUGUUCCAACCAUUUUUGAUUUUUGUACCCAUAUAAAGUCUAUGAAACUCAAGUCACGGAAUCUUCUGAAGAAAAGUAACAGUUGUACUCCAACCGGACCUUCUAAUUUAAAAUCAAACAUUAAUAGUCAACAAGUGCUACUUGAACACAGUUAUGCCUUUAGGAAUCCUAUGGAGGCAAAAAAGAGGAUAAUUAAACUGAAAAAAGAAAUAGCAAGUUUAAGAAGGAAAAUGAAAACUUGCCUACAAAAAGAACGCAGAGCAACUCGAAGAUGGAUCAAAGCCACUUGCUUGGUGAAGAAUCUAGAAGCAAAUAACAUAUUACCUAAAGGCACAUCUGAACACAUUUUACCAACUGCCUUAAGCAGUCUUCCUUUGGAGGAUUUCAAGAUUCUUGAACAAGACCAACAAGAUAAAACAUUACCAAUUCUCUAAAUAUAAACCAGAUCAAGAGUGCUUUUAUUUAAGAUUAGCCUGCACACAAAAAGAAAAGAAAAAAGAUUAGCUUGCAUCGAUCUUGAUGCCCAUCAUUUAUUCUAUUCAAAGGUAAAGAUAUUUAAGGAAAUAAUGCCAAAAUUGGGUAUUUAAUAAAGUUUUACUUGAAGUAACGUUCUUACUGUAUAACUUAUGAAGACUUGAUUACAAAAAUAGAAAUCUUCUCCCUUUACCAUAUAUUCAGUCCCAAAUAUGAAACUUAUUUGAAAAAGCAUGGAAGUGCCUUACAUGAGAAUUGCAUACAUUAAAAAUUUGCUAGGAAGUUUUGCAAGAUGUGUUUUUGCCUUUUUAAACAACUUUUGAAGAAUAGUCUAUAACAAGUAAUGUGUUUAAUUUAUAUUAGAAAAAAAUGUUUUUGUGUACCAAAGUUGAGACAUUACAUUCUAAGUAAGGUAAGUAGGAGUUAACCAAUAUUAAAUAUGACUUUAAAACUGCUGGGGUUUGUAUUAAAUUAUUACUGACACUGUGAUUUGGAAACUUUACAGAAAAAAAGCCUGAGUUGCAGGGCAAGUUCUUUUAUUUAAACUUUCUAUAUCUUUUUAACAGUAAAAGUGAGCUAAUCAUAAUCUCCCUCAUAAGAAUAUUAUCUUUUAGAAUGGAUUGUAAAAUAUUUUGAAAAUAUUUUAAAUAUGAAGUACCCUUGAGUCAUCCAAGCUAGUAAGGACUCAAGUACCUCAGACUAGUAAAAACUGGUAGCUGGUUAUAUUAACCUUCUAAGAAAAUAUGUUGUGAAAUAAUGCAGAGAUCAGGAUCUAACUUUUACCUUUAACAAAAAGAUAACUGUAUACUACUCUUUUACUAAAAAAAAAUUUUUUUUAAUUUCAAAAUUGAUGCAUUAGUAAGCAAAUAUGCUACCAGUUCCGUUAGAAAACUCCCUCUGCCUUCAUGUAUGUUGAUACCAAAACGUUUAAGCUUUCCCUACCCCAAAAAACCUACAGUAGAAUUUAAUCAUAAAACAGUACUUACUAUAUUAUAUCUUUACAACUUAUAACUUAAAAUGGAAUCCGUUUUUCUUACACAUCAGCUUGCUUUUUAUUUCCUUUCUUAGUAAGAGUAGAAUAGAACAAUCGUACUGCAUAAGGGAAAUAAAAUGUACUUCUCUACAAAAACACGUGUCUGUGAAUAAAGCUAUGCAAGUGCUAAUUAUUUUACAAAAUAGAAUAUCAGAACUAUUCUUAUUGUCGCCACUUGAACAAUUAAAGAGUUUGCCUUACUUCACCAGAUAAAUGUUUAAUAAGAACACUUUCCUUCAAAUAGUUUUGAUCAAAUCCAGCAAAAAUUUACUAAUGUAUCAUGAUGUAUCAUGAAGUUAUUUAAUCCUGAUUCAAGCUUUCUGACACCACCAUAUAAAAGUAACAUACACCUAAUCGUAAAUUGCUAUAAAUCUUUCCUAUAAAGUAAAUGCUACUUGAUGAUU